CUACACCCCACGUAAGCCUGUGAAGCACACUGUGAUGGUUCCACUGGACAUAGGAGAGCUUGACCUCAGCCAGCUGACAGUCUCUCUUACAACACCCUCAGGCCCAGAGGAGCCCUGCCUGCUGAAGAUGCUGCGUAACGCUCACAUUGGAAUCUCGUUUGUUCCCAAGGAGAUUGGUGAGCACCUUGUUAACAUCAAGAAGAACGGUCAUCAUGUUCCCAGCAGCCCAAUUGCUGUUGUGAUCAAGCAGUCAGGGAUUGGUGAUGUGAACCGUGUGCGUGUGAGUGGACCGGGGCUGAGCGAGGCCAGGACUUUUCAGCCUGCAGAGUUCAUCAUUCACACUCGUGAUGCAGUUUUGCCCUGAGCUGAACUGCUGCCUCCUUCUCUGUUGUGGUACUCAGCGGUG